AUGAACCAUGAGUCCGCCUCGUCGCUCCCGCUCGACGAUGCGACCCGGAGAGAGCGUGUCCAGCGCAACAAGGCCACCUUCAACAAGAAGCGAGAUGCCUUUCUGCAAGACGUCCUGCGCAACAUCGACCUCCUAAUCUAUGCCGAGCUCUCUGCAGUCUACUACAUGGAGUACGCCAUGACCCAAUUCAUCCUGUCCGGACCUCCUGCUGACUGGACCGCAGCUNGCUCCUUCACGCGUUUCCUCGUCCGAGCCGUCAUACAAUUCAUCUUUCUAACACCCAAGCCCGCUUUCCUCCCCGAGCCUCCCCAUCCCAGGCCUUAUCUUGUGGCCAUCUUUGGCUCCAACCUGUUGAUCAUCCUCUUACACAUCGUCCUCGCUCGCCCCGAAGCUGGCGAGGCUACCAGAGGCUAUCUACAUGGCGGUCUGGCUAUGGACUUUGUUGGCCAAAAGGGCCCCACCUCAAAGUUUCAUCUGGUCUUGCUGGAUCUUCUGAUACUGCUCAUGCAGCUUGUCCACCUGGCUGCAACUACAACUCGUCAACGAGUCAAACAGCAGACCUCUGCUACCACCACCCCUCCAACAGCAAUCCAAAAUCAUGACUUCGAGGAGCGAGGCCAGCUCAGAUCUGACCAUCAGCCAGUCGACCAAGAGUUGCAUUCGCUGAAUCCGACCCAUGACGCCUCUGAAACCACCGAGUCACCGGAUCAGCCAGACGCAGAGUCCGACGAGAGACAGGCCUUGUUGGCAUCGACGGCACCGCGCACAGACUCGUACAUCUUCGACGCCUUCAACAGCGGCGAGAUUAUGAUUGCCCAUCUAAAUCUCUUUGAUGUGAUCAAAACACAGCUCAAGGAGAUGCGUGACCCCGUUCAGCCCACAAGCACGGCUCCUUCCACGAGCGGUGGUCUACGUGCUAGGCUAGCGGACCGUAGUGCCUUUUUUCGUAUGCGGAUCGGUGGUGACCGUAUUUUCAGUGUCUAG